AUGCGUUCAAAAUCCACCACACCACACCGACGUUUCUUCAUUCGCCCCGCCGCUCGCAAAUCAGCAGGCCGGAACCGAUCUUCUCUCUGUAAAACAUAUUUCCACGAGCCUCUUGUACGUCAAUCUGGUGGACUGCAAUUAAAUGACCAUAGUGCGAGCAUGAGUUCCAUAACGCCCCAAUCCUUUGUCGACGAUGGCGGAUCCUUCACCAAGCGCAUACCUCGCGGUCUCGAUCAGCGCCACGUUGCGCGUUGGAUCGCUAGCAGCAAAUCAGAGGCCUCAGCCUACACGGGCAGUUUUGUCGAUGACGGCGCGGACAUGCAACUCCCUCCUGGAGUAGCACCAGGCUUUGGUCCAAUCGACACACGAUUCUACAAGCAGAAGAAACGAAAAGAACCCAGAGAUGGUGUGCAGACAGUGUGGAGUGAUGACGUGCAAAAGGCGAUCAGCGGAGAUAUACAACGGAACUUGGAGAAAAUAAGGGAAUUGGGCGGACUGGAAGUUAAGCGGACGGAUCGUGAUGGCUGUCAGGACAAGAAACCUGGGGAUCAAGAGAAGGUGAAGAAGGACACUGUGACUGUCCCUAUGCCACCCCAAUGGGGAACCUUCGUCAUCAAAGCAGAUGAUGGUCGCGUUAUCGUUGUAGACAAGGAUGGUGAGUUUGACUCCGGACCACAGAAGGCUCUCAGUGAGCAACCAAAACAUUGGGUCAAAGCAGCAUCUACCGUCGAGUCAGCCUCUCUGGCCAGAGGUCCGGUUCCUCAUUCUACACCGAUGCAUCGCACGUCUUCCCGUCAGACAAAAGAACGUUCGAAAGAGAAGCAGAAACAAAAGAGUGGCAGUGAGAAGAAUGUCAAAAACAAUAAGUCUCGUCGCUCACAUCUCUCAUCAUCCAAGACACUUACAUCCAUCUCCGAAUCAGAAUACGAAGAAGGCUACCUGCACUCUGAUGGCGAAGACAUGGGUUCGCCGACAGGUUUCAUGAUGACAGGUGGAGCGAGCGGUUGGCCCUCUAGCAGAGCUUCAUCUGUAGCUCAUACAGCUGUAUCCAUGAGCGACGCGUACGAAUACAUUGUGCCAGGAUCUCCAACCAAGGCCAUCAGUGAGGGAUUCAGAUAUGUCAGACCACGCUCACAAGGUUACAAAGACAUCAUUCCGGUGUCGAACUCCUGGAUUGAGAAGAAAGCGUCGUCUAUGCGAGACACUAAGGUAUUGUCAGAGGUAUCUUGGGAUGGUGGACAGUUUGAGAGUGCAUGGAAAGUCGCCAGUCCAAGUCACUCAUGCAAGAGCCACAGAUCGACUCAUACUAGCAACAAGUCGCCAAAAUCAAAGAAUGACUCGGACAGUGCUUCAGGGAAGAGUCAUGCAACGUACAAAGCGCCUACAGUCGAAGAUGCGUCAGGAGAGGAGGACUAUAUUGCGACUGGAUGGGGCGGCAGUGUGAAGAGCACUGAAACUCAAGGUUGGGAAGGCAGAGAACCUGCGUCGAUGUUGUCUGCAAACACGCCUCACCCACAUACCUGGGCAGGUGCGGGUAGCAAGUCUUCAAGCGAACGAAGCUGGAGCAAGAGACCCAAAGCCACUGACAAUGCUAGUUGGACCGGUGUCGAGUCUCCUACUUUUCAGCAAAUCGCCAACAGUCCUACGUCUGUACAUUUUGGCAGUCCUACACUUCCCUUGGGCGAUACUACAUGGGAUGGUCUUGAGAGAAACAAAUCAACCAGUGAGGUCGGUGUCGUAGGUACAGGGAGUGAGCGGGCGUCUCUGGGUCGUCAAAGCCAAGUAUCAAGUAUACAGUCUGCUCGUCGAAGUCACGGUAGCCAUGAUACCCGUAGAAGUCAUAGGAGCAGCAAGCACGUACACCCUACAGGCUGGGAAGACGGUCAAGCAGGCUGGGCGGGCGGAAGUCAGACUAGCCAUCUGAGUCGACACUCCCAACGACCUGACGAUGCAGCCAUUUGGCCUGGUAGCCAUGCCGUCAGCGAACAGAGCUGGAGUAGUCAGAAGGCUCGUGUUGAUGACGACAGCGGAGGCCAAUGGGGUGGUGCCGAUCAAGAUGUGGGGAAAUACGCGAAUGGAUAUGAUGAGGACAACGCGACAUAUCUAAACGAUAGUUGGAAUGGUGUUCCGGUGAGGGUUGGGAGUCGCGCGGGGAGCAGGAGCCCGAGGCAGAGUAGUGCCGCGACGGGCUGGGUGUAA